UGGCUACCUCCAUCUCCUACAAUCUCUGACAUUUUUUCUUCAAAUUCCCACUUCCCCACUUGCCCCCAUAAUAUAUAUCUCUCUUCUCUUUUGAUAUCACUUCCUUUAUACUUUCUCUCUCACUCAUUUCUCCUUCUUCAAAUUUACAGAGCACACUACCAUGUCCAAAUCCCUCCAUGACUCUUCCUUCUCUUUCUCAAGGCGUUUCUUCAACUGGAAAAACAAAUUUCACGAAGAAGAUGAACAACAACAACAACAACAACAACAACACGAUCAACAAAUCUCAUCUUUCAGUUUAUCCUCUCGUUUCACUCAAGAAGACAGAGAACACGACCUCAAUACCAAAACGCACAUCAAACCUUCUUCCUCUUCCUCAUCCAUUCGUCCUGUUUCCAAGCUCCGAACCGCUUUAACAGUCUUCUCCCGGAUCCGACCGACCUACCACCGCUCCCGCCUCGGCGGUCGGGUCAUUGGUACACUCUUCGGCUACCGACGAGGCCACGUUUAUUUCGCAUUACAAGAAGACCCAAAACAGAGUCCCACGUUUUUAAUCGAGCUCUCGACUCCAACCAGCGUUCUGGUUCGAGAAAUGGCAUCUGGGUUAGUACGGAUCGCGUUGGAAUGUGAGAAGAAAACAGAGAGGAAGAAGAAUUGCAAGUUAGUGGAAGAAGCACUUUGGAGAACGUAUUGUAAUGGGAAGAAAUGUGGGUAUGGGAGUAGAAGAGAAUAUGGAACAGAGGAGCAAAAGAUUUUGAAGGCGGUGGAGCCGAUCACGAUGGGGGCUGGGGUCUUGCCGCCGGGAAAUGGUUCUGAUGAGGAAUUAAUGUAUAUGAGAGCUAGAUUUGAAAGGGUAAUAGGGUCGAAGGAUUCUGAAGCUUAUUACAUGAUGAGCCCAGAUUGUAAUGGAGGGCCUGAACUCAGCAUUUACUUGCUUAGGGUUUGAACUUUUCAUCUCCCCAUCCCUUUUUUUCUUCUCUUUUUUGUGAUCGAUCAAAUUCUGGGGAUGAAAUGCAUUUUUCUUCCUUUCAUGUAAUGAUGCAUUGAUUUUGAUGUAUAGCUUUUUUGUUAA